GAUCUAGACGUUCACACACGGCACCCUCAACCCGGCUUACUUCGAGUGUCAUAUAUUUCCAAGAAAAAUGACAGUCUCUUCGACACUCUUGUUACUUUAUUACUGUUAAAGGGACCAUAGUCAUCAGAGAUAUUGCUGAAGACUGCAGAGCAGAAUGCUUGAAGGUCUAGCAACAUGGGUACUCAACAACUAUUUAGGAAAAUACCUGGAAAAUCUGAACACUGAUCAGCUAUCCAUUGGACUUUUGAAAGGUGAAGUAGAACUUGAAAAUGUGCCACUGCGAAAAGAUGCCCUCCGCCACCUCGACAUGCCUGUGGAAGUGCGGGCAGGGUUUGUGGGGAAGGUUAAGCUACAGAUCCCGGUGUCACGCCUCCGCUCUGAGCCCUGGGUCAUUAUCUUCGAACAGCUAUACCUUGUGGCUGGCCCGGUCAAGUUGGAUGAGUACGAUGAAGAGGCAGAAGAGGCCGCCUCGCAGGGCCGCAAACUUGCCCAGCUUGACCGACUGGAGGCAGCUUGGAGGGCAGAGCAGGAGGCACGGGAGGAAGCCUCUCGCUAUGCUAAUUCUUAUUCUUCCUGGCUCAGUUAUGGCACUUCUUUUAUGACAAACAUCAUUGAGAACAUUCAG